AUGGGAAGAAAGAAAAAGAAUAAGAAGGACAUCUUCAUGCCUGGUUGCCUUGUCUGGACAUCAUUGGCAGGAAUACCUAAGAAAAUGAAGUGGCCCGGCGAGAUUAUUAGAUCUAGCGACGGGAAAGUGGAGGUGUUUUGUCACUCAGACAAUUCAUGUUUUAUAGUAAACUUAGAGGAUGUCUGUCCAUUCCCUGGGGACAUGAGUCAGUGGAAAAACACAGGAAUUAGUGCAUUGAAAAAAAGACCAAAAAGCACUUUUGAUUUUAUCACAGAUAUAAAUUGGGCCUGCAAUAAAAAGCAUGAAAUUAGCACUGAGCUUCCUAUAACAGUUGGAGAAGAUACACAUGUUAGGGAUAUUCAAGAACAGAGAUCUGUACACAACACUGAGCUUCCUAUAACAAGUGGAGAAGAUACACAUGUUAGGGAUAUUCAAGAACAGAGAUCUGUACACAACACUGAGCUUCCUAUAACAGUUGGAGAAGAUACACAUGUUAGGGAUAUUCAAGAACAGAGAUCUGUACACAACACUGAGCUUCCUAUAACAAGUGGAGAAGAUACACAUGUUAGGGAUAUUCAAGAACAGAGAUCUGUACACAACACUGAGCUUCCUAUAACAGUUGGAGAAGAUACACAUGUUAGGGAUAUUCAAGAACAGAGAUCUGUACACAACACUGAGCUUCCUAUAACAAGUGGAGAAGAUACACAUGUUAGGGAUAUUCAAGAACAGAGAUCUGUACACAACACUGAGCUUCCUAUAACAGUUGGAGAAGAUACACAUGUUAGGGAUAUUCAAGAACAGAGAUCUGUACACAACACUGAGCUUCCUAUAACAAGUGGAGAAGAUACAAGGGAUAUUCAAGAACAGAGAUCUGUACACAACACUGAGCUUCCUAUAACAGUUGGAGAAGAUACACAUGUUAGGGAUAUUCAAGAACAGAGAUCUGUACACAACACUGAGCUUCCUAUAACAAGUGGAGAAGAUACACAUGUUAGGGAUAUUCAAGAACAGAGAUCUGUACACAACACUGAGCUUCCUAUAACAAGUGGAGAAGAUACACAUGUUAGGGAUAUUCAAGAACAGAGAUCUGUACACAACACUGAGCUUCCUAUAACAAGUGGAGAAGAUACACAUGUUAGGGAUAUUCAAGAACAGAGAUCUGUACACAACACUGAGCUUCCUAUAACAGUUGGAGAAGAUACACAUGUUAGGGAUAUUCAAGAACAGAGAUCUGUACACAACACUGUGCUUCCUAUAACAAGUGGAGAAGAUACACAUGUUAGGGAUAUUCAAGAACAGAGAUCUGUACACAACACUGAGCUUCCUAUAACAAGUGGAGAAGAUACACAUGUUAGGGAUAUUCAAGAACAGAGAUCUGUACACAACACUGAGCUUCCUAUAACAGUUGGAGAAGAUACACAUGUUAGGGAUAUUCAAGAACAGAGAUCUGUACACAACACUGAGCUUCCUAUAACAAGUGGAGAAGAUACACAUGUUAGGGAUAUUCAAGAACAGAGAUCUGUACACAACACUGAGCUUCCUAUAACAGUUGGAGAAGAUACACAUGUUAGGGAUAUUCAAGAACAGAGAUCUGUACACAACACUGAGCUUCCUAUAACAAGUGGAGAAGAUACACAUGUUAGGGAUAUUCAAGAACAGAGAUCUGUACACAACACUGAGCUUCCUAUAACAGUUGGAGAAGAUACACAUGUUAGGGAUAUUCAAGAACAGAGAUCUGUACACAACACUGAGCUUCCUAUAACAAGUGGAGAAGAUACACAUGUUAGGGAUAUUCAAGAACAGAGAUCUGUACACAACACUGAGCUUCCUAUAACAAGUGGAGAAGAUACACAUGUUAGGGAUAUUCAAGAACAGAGAUCUGUACACAACACUGAGCUUCCUAUAACAAGUGGAGAAGAUACACAUGUUAGGGAUAUUCAAGAACAGAUAUCUGUACACAACACUGAGCUUCCUAUAACAAGUGGAGAAGAUACACAUGUUAGGGAUAUUCAAGAACAGAGAUCUGUACACAACACUGAGCUUCCUAUAACAAGUGGAGAAGAUACAAGGGAUAUUCAAGAACAGAGAUCUGUACACAACACUGAGCUUCCUAUAACAGUUGGAGAAGAUACACAUGUUAGGGAUAUUCAAGAACAGAGAUCUGUACACAACACUGAGCUUCCUAUAACAGUUGGAGAAGAUACACAUGUUAGGGAUAUUCAAGAACAGAGAUCUGUACACAACACUGAGCUUCCUAUAACAGUUGGAGAAGAUACACAUGUUAGGGAUAUUCAAGAACAGAGAUCUGUACACAACACUGAGCUUCCUAUAACAGUUGGAGAAGAUACACAUGUUAGGGAUAUUCAAGAACAGAGAUCUGUACACAACACUGAGCUUCCUAUAACAGUUGGAGAAGAUACACAUGUUAGGGAUAUUCAAGAACAGAGAUCUGUACACAACACUGAGCUUCCUAUAACAAGUGGAGAAGAUACACAUGUUAGGGAUAUUCAAGAACAGAGAUCUGUACACAACACUGAGCUUCCUAUAACAAGUGGAGAAGAUACACAUGUUAGGGAUAUUCAAGAACAGAUAUCUGUACACAACACUGAGCUUCCUAUAACAGUUGGAGAAGAUACACAUGUUAGGGAUAUUCAAGAACAGAGAUCUGUACACAACACUGUGCUUCCUAUAACAGUUGGAGAAGAUACACAUGUUAGGGAUAUUCAAGAACAGAGAUCUGAACACAACACUGAGCUUCCUAAAGGGGGAAAUGUAUAUACCUUUUCUCUUGGAGAAAUGCAAAAUUUAGCCCAGCAGUGGACAAAGCAGACAGAAGAUGAAGAAUCUGAUACUCCUUCUUCUACUGUUGUUUUUAUUGAGGAACAAGAACAUGGUAUUUUUAAGUUUACAGAAAUCAAACAAAUAUCAAUGUUUAAAGGUGAAACCAAAGGACCAACAGAUGAUAAUCAUGAAGUGGUUUAUGAGGCAGAAGCUGUGAUAGAAACAGAAACUUUGGCAGAUGAUACUUUGAAUUUUCCAAAGGAUGAGAUACAGGAAAUCAUUGGACAUGAUGUCAUGGAUGUAGAUGAUGGGAAAAAAUGUAAAAAGAGAAGAUGGAAGAGAAUUAGGUACACAGAUUCUGAUAUGGAAGUUGAUCCUCCAGCUGAAGGUACAUGUAGUAUCAAAAGAACGAAAGUCAGUAAUGAGACAUGUGAGUUGGUUUAUGAUAUUGAUAACAACAGUGAUAACAACAGUGAUAACAACAGUGAUAACAACAGUGAUAACAACAGUGAUAACAACAGUGAUAACAACAGUGAUAACAACAGUGAGACAAGUGAACAAUAUCCUGUACUCCCAAAGCUGCAGUGCUCAGUUGGCAAAAUUGAGUUGAGUUCUGAGGAUUCUGAAGAUGACGACUUAAUAGAUGAAGAUAUCAUUAUAAGAGAUGUUAAACACAAGGAACUAUACAUUACGGGUGUGAAAAAAAAUGAAUUUACUAAAACGGGUAAAAUGAAGAAAACAGAGAGGGUAUAUAAUUCCCACCACCCCUGUCCAUUUUGUGGCAUAAUGCAGACUAAUUUUUCCCACCAUAUAUUGUCUACUAAACAUAUGGAAGAACAAGAAGUUAAAGAAAUUAUAAAACUAGAUCUUUCAAACAGUAGUUCUGAGGAAAAAAAGAAAAUUAUGAAAGAUAGAAAAAGAAUGAUUGAUCUGUUAAGAUUAAAAGGAUGUCAUCAACAUAACAUGAAAGUCAAUCAAAGUAAAACCGGAGAAAUCAUAUUGGCCCGUAGAAUUUUAACGUCCGGAUCUUUUGACAUUGAAAAGUAUGGAGCGUGUCCAUCAUGUCUUGGGUGGUUUUUAAUAUCAAAUUUUCAAAGGCAUCAAUCAAAUUGUCCUGGUAAUUAUAGUAGAACGAAACAAAGUAAGGCUAGUUUGAUAACCCAGUCUCAGAUAAUAUCUAGAAGAAUUUCAGAUGAGGCUAGUCCUGCUUUAGUCAGAGAGGUUUUUAGUAUAAUGACCAUAGAUGAAGUCUCAAAGGUUGCAAAAAAUGACAAACUAAUUAUAUCAUUAGGAAAUCAAUGGAUGCUGUCUAACAUGGGCAAUCGUAUAAUGAGGAAAUACUAUACAUCUUCUGUGAUGAGAUUGGCAGCCAAGCUUCUGACUUCUUUAAGAAGCAUCACAGGUUUGAAGGAACAUUCAAUGGAGCAGUUCAUAGAAGCAAAAUAUUAUGAAUAUUUUGCCAAAGCUGCAUUGAUUUGUAGUAAACAAGUUGUAAAUGAUGAAGAAGAUUUGAAUAGCCCAAGCAAUGCAAUAAAACUUGGAUAUGACAUAAAACGUAUGGCUUCUGCAAAACUUGGUGAAGCUUUAGUGGAAGGUGAUGAUCUAAAGAAAUCCCAAGCAGAAAACUUUUUAACACUAGUGAAUAUGAGUUGGAGCUUGAAAGUGACAAAACUAGCAAGAAUGGUUCUAGCAGAAAGAAAUUUUAAUAUUAUUAAGCAACUUCCUCUACCUGAAGACAUUCAAAAAAUGGUUUCUUUUAUGGUGGAAGAGCUUAAUAAAUUGGACUUGCAGGAUGUUGCAUACAAGAUAUUUAGAAAGGCUGCUGUUCUUGCUUUAGCUAGGAUUACAUUGUAUAAUAGAAGAAGAUGUCAUGAAGUUCAAGCUUUAAAUUUAUCGGAUUACAGGAGGAGAAAAAGUACCCCAGAUGAAGUGGCUUUGCAAAUGAGCCAUGAGCUCACAGAGUUUGAAAAGGAGCUUCUUAACACGCAGGAGGUGGUAAUGAUUCGAGGGAAGGGUGGCAAGGCGGUUCCGGUUAUUAUCCCAAAGGAUGCUGUAAAUGUGUUGGAAUACCUGUCAAAUGACUCUAUUAGACUCAAAGUUGGAAUACCUCCUUCGAAAUAUUUGUUUGCUAAUUCCAAUGCAGGUGUUUUUAGGGGCUAUGAUGCCAUUGGUGCUGUAAAAAAGGAAGCAGGAUUAAAGUUGCCAAACCUUGUUAAAACGUCUAACAUGAGGAAGUAUAUGGCAACAAUGAUGCAGUCAUUGGACAUAACAGAAAACCAACGUCAAUGGAUCCUAGAUCACCUAGGACAUACUAUGGAUGUCCAUAGGGUCCAUUAUAGGCAAACAAGUGAUUUAAUAGAAAGGGUUCAUGUAUCAAAACUUUUGUUAAUCCAAGACUUUGGUAUGGUGAAAGAUUUUGUUGGCAAAAAAUUGGAGGAUAUUCAACUAGAAGAUAUUGUACCGCAAAAAAAAGACAUAUCAGCAGUAAGUGAAGAUGAUGCAGAUAUAGAUACACCAAACACAGGAAUUGAUAAUAUAGCAGAGGACUUUAUUCCAGAAUUGCAUGACGAUGAAGUUGAUGCUGAUUUCAGCAUUCCAAUUCAAGAACAUAGACCUGAUAAAAAGAAAUCUAGAAAAGACAAAGUUCAACGCCAAAAAUGGUCAGAGGAUGAUGUCCAGGAACUAGAGGACCUGUUUUCAGUUAAUCUUAAAAAACUGAAAUGUCCAAAACAAGCCAAAAUUGAAAAAAAAAUUUCAAUUAGCAAAAAAAAUGGUGGUCUUAUCCACAAAAGAAAGCGUGAUAACAUCAAGAAGAAAGUCAGCAAUAUGAUUCAAAAACUCAAAACCGUUGAUAAUGGUUAAUAUUGAAAAUUAUUUUACAGGACAAAUAUAAAUAAAAAUAAAUAUUGGCUCACCUGAGGUUAAUAAACUUGUCUUUUUUAUCGCUGACAUAGGGUAGGUAAGGCUGUUUUUUUUUAUUAUUUGUUGGUUGCAUAUUUUAAUAUGAAAUUUUGUAAUUUUGUCUGAGAAGGAAAUAAAAUUCCUAAGAUAUAAUUAUGAAUACAUUUACUGUUUAUUUAAACAAUAUUGUAAACCUGGAAGCAACAAGAAAAUCUCUUUGAAUAAAGCUUCAUAUUUUAGAAGGUUUUUCGAGCUGGAUAAUCCAUAUUUGGUACAUGUGAACUUGACCUCAUUUUCAUGGUUUAAUGACAAUUUAAAAAUUCUGAGUUAAAAUUGGUAAUAGGACAGCUAUUUGGUAAUAAAUUAAUUGCUUAAUAUAUGUGUCUGUCAGACUAGGUUAACCUGACCUUUACCACAUUUCAGGAAUCAGUGAUUAAGUGAGUUAAUAUGACUAGAGAGGAAUAAAACUUAGCAGGGGCCCAGUCGCCCAUGGCCCUAGAUUUUGUGCUGGGCUACUUAAAUUUUGAUAAAAUUUGGUUAAAAAUACAAACGUCAAUUAGGAACAAUUUUGUCUGUGCUACCAGCUUGAAUUUCCCAAGUUUUAUCCCUGCUAGAUCCAUUUCUCAUGUAUUUUAAGCAAUAGGUCAACUGUAGUAGGUGUAUAGAAUGAUUGUUAAGAAUACAUCUCUUAUCUGACAGGGUUGAUCUUGACAUUAACCUUAUUUUCAUGGAUAAUUGAUAAUAUUAAAUUUUCUGUUUUACUUGAAGCAAAACUUUAUAUAUAUAAUUCAGUUAAAGAUCUUCGCUACACUUGUUUUGACUUUUUGUCUGAUAUUUGAAUCCUCUAGUUUUAUCCAUAUAGUGCCACUUCUUGAUUUAUUUUAUUACAUUUGGUUUUAAAAGCCAUUUUUGAAAAUCUUAUACAAUCCUUGUUAUUUUUUAUUUGUUUUUAAGAAAAGGUUCACAAUGUUAAAUGCAUGAAAAAUCUUAAAUUUCCCUACAAAUGUCCUUUUGGUUAUUUCUCUAAACAAGGACAAAGACAUUUCAUUUUUUAUGCUUUUCAAGAUCCGUUAUUUAUAUUCUAUCAGUUUAUAGUCUUUUAAUAAAAUCUUGUUAUUUUGAGACAUAGGAGCUAAUUCUGAUCAUCCUUAAAUCAGUUUAGCAGACCAAACAUUUCAGCAUGUGCACUCUUAGUUAUUUUUGUGUUUAUGUAUAGAUUUAUUUUUAUUUGAUGAUGGGCUUUCUGGGAUUAAAUUUGUACAGGCAUUUUUUUUUGUGAGACUUGGCAACAGUUAAAAUUAUUGUUUAUUUUACUACUCUGAGAAAAAACUCAAAAGAAUUUGUCAUAAAGUGAAGAUUUAUUAUACAUGUAUUUUUUUUGUCUUGUCUACUGAGAUUGACAUUAUAUGUAUAUUUUGUUUUAUAAUAUCUGCUACACGUAAUUGCUGAAGACAGGGCAUUAGUGUGUACAGUUAUGGUAGUAGAAAUGUUUUUCAAACUUGUUUAUGUGUGAAAUUUAUUCAUCCAUUUGGGACAGAUGCCACAUGAUGUAAAAUUACUGCAUCUUUUAUCAAGGACCUUAUGCCAAAGUAACUUUAUGGAAACUACUGUUACUAAUUUGAGAAACUAAUAUUUGCAAUUUGGACAUUCAUGGUACCGACAUAUUUUUGAUUUUUUUUAAUUGAAAAACAAAACUAUAGAAUGGAUAUGUGUACUCAUUUUCAAUAUUACCCUGUAAACAAGAAAGUAUUCAAUUAUGAAAAAUAAUGGUUCCCUUUGAACAACUGGGCCUAGUGUGAGAAGUUACCACAAUUAAUUUUCAGAUCCAUAGAUCAAAUAGACAGGAGGUACAGUUAUUGUUUUUGGUAAACUUGUCAAAAUUAGAUUUAUACCACAACUAAAAAAAAUCUUUGAAAAUUUGACUGAAAUAAUUGAGGUUAUUUGAAAUUCUAAGGUGACUUGUUCAAGCUUAUAAUGUUACAAAUAAGUUACUCCUGUUGUCCUAAUGGUGUUAAAUGUCUAAAAUACUGUAUGGGAUUAUUUUUAUUUCCCAGUUUACUUGUCUCAAACUAUAAUAUCUGAGUAUUUUGGUAUGAAAAUAAUAAAUAUGUUUGCCUGUAAUAUGUUUAUUCACUGUGACAUUGCCAAUUUUCAUCACAGUAAC